CAAUAUUGACUGUCUCACCGUUAAGUGUCGACCUAAACAUUUGUCAAAAUACAACUACAUUUACAUCUCGAACAUGUAUAUUGCUCCUGGAUGCAACUCCACAGAAUUAUCUUUAUUUGCGGAUGAAUUUACUUCCCUUGCUGCCACCUCCUUCGGAAAUUCCUUGUCUAUAGUUACUGGUGAUUUUAAUUCUAGUGACCACAGCUUCCUAAUUUCACUUGGACACGAUAAUAUUGUCAACUUCCCGACUAGAAUGGACAACACUCUUGAUCUUGUGUUUACAAACGAUGCAGGAAUAUUUGAAGCUCGAAAAAGAGCCCCACUACUAAAUUCAGAUCACUGUAUCAUAAGAAUAUUGCCCAAAGUAUAUGGAAAGCAGCACAAAAGGGUCUUCUCAUACCUUGGAAAGAAAACACAACACAGAUGUUAUUCCCAUGACAACAUACUGAACCUAAGGUCCAUGUUAAAAGACACAAACUGGGAUCUAUUUACUGAACAAGCUCUUGAUAACACAAUUGCCAACAUAACACAUUAUCUUAAUUUCUGUCUUGAUGUUUGUUGUCCAAAAGAGACAAUCUUCUUAAAAUUCGAUCGCUUCUCCUCUUCUCAACUCAAAAAGCUCCGCCGUGAAAAAGAAAGGUUGUUCAAAAUGAAAAACAAAUCUGGUGUUAAGAGAAUGAACACUUUGAUUAAGCUUGAAUUACAAAGAUUGAAUGCUCUCUAUAACCAGAAGUUUCUUUCAUGUAAAUCCCCAUCAAAUAUGUGGAAGUUAUUAAAGGAAAUCACAGGUGGUAAGCAAAUGUUGAAUGAUAUUUCUGUAGAUGUUAACAUGCUUAAUGAAUCCUUCAUAUGUAUCCCAGCAAAUGUUAUGAUUCCUAACUCAAAUAGUGUAAACAAUGACUGCUUCUCAUGCUUUAACACGAAUGAUGUCCUCAAGUGUCUUCAAUCUCUCAAGCCUACUCAGUCCCUCGGUCCUGAUGGUGUUCCUGCUGUUAUCCUUAAGAAGUGUGCCGACAUCUUGUGUUCCCCGCUAACUGACAUUUUCAACGAA